AAACACUCCCUCCGGGGCUCUCUUUCCUUGUAAAUCCCCAGCUUUGGAGGAACCCACACGCGACAAACUAUUACAAAACAACGCAGUACACAUUAUCACUCACCCUCUCCUCCUUCCUCAAAUAAACUCAUAAAAAAACCCUAAAAGAAAUUAAAAAACAAGCGAAGCUUCGUGGAAGCUCUCAGUCUCCUCCCAUGGCUCCCCCUCCAUUUAACGCCCCCUCUAUCGCUCCUCCUUCCUCUCAAACCCUUCUUUCUUCUCCUCUUCUCCCUCCUCUUUCCUCUCUUCCUUCUGCCCCUGAUUCUCGUUUCGGCUUUCAACCAUGAAACUGAUCAAUCUCACCCCGAAACACCUGUUUCGGACGAGCAAGAAGAGCAGAUCCGUGUCCCGGUCUGAGUCGGACCCACAAUCGUUCAGCUCCGGCACGUCAUCAUCAUCGGAUUCCACGAUGAUCCAGAUCAAAGGAGGCGGCGGUGCUACCCCCAAAAGCGUCCUCCGCUCUUGCUCUCAGGAAAUAUCGGGAGACUGGUCCGACUUGUCGGCUGCCAAUACGCAUUUGGAGCACCUCCAAGCGUUUAAGCUCAUCGACAGAGACGGUGACGGGAAGGUAACCAUACACGAACUCGAGGGCCUCCUUAGUCGUAUCGGUGGCGAGCCGCCUAGCAAGGAGGAGAUGCUACUGAUGUUGACGGAAAUCGAUCAGGAUGGUGACGGGUGUAUAAGCUUGGAGGAGUUCGAAGCCAUCAGCUCAUCUUUGGUGCCGGCGGCUUUGUCGGAUCUUCGUGAGGCGUUCAAUGUCUUCGACGCCGACCGCGACGGGAAGAUCUCGGCGGAGGAGCUGUUGGGCGUGUUCUCGGCAAUCGGGGACGACCGAUGCACGUUGGAAGAUUGCCGGCGAAUGAUCCGCAGCGUCGAUACGAACGGUGAUGGGUUCGUUUGUUUUGAGGAUUUCUCGAGAAUGAUGGAAGGACGGAUUAAAUGAAGACAAAUGGGAAAACAAUUUGUCGGAUUUUCGUCAGAAUUUGUUUGUAUUUUUAUCGGACGAGCACAGCCGUACAUUUUGAAGAACCUGAACAAAUUCCAAGAUCAAAGAUCCCGAUCCAACGACUUAGAUCAUUUGAUCAAAGCAGCAGAUGAUGUGUAAUUCUGUAUCCUAUCUUUGCUUAUCCAGCCAAUAUAGAACGAGUGGUCGCUUAAUCAUCAAUCAAUUAAUGGAAAUCUGAUCUCUCUCUAUCUGAGCUUAAAUUAGUGGCCACUGAACUAGCUUAAUUAUGCUAAUCUGGUUUUGAUGCCAGGCUCCCUUGCAGUUCUAUUUGUAUCAGUACAAAUGCAUGAAAGUGCAAAUGAAAAAAAUGCAAUUUCUGGUUUAUUUU